GAAAUCACGAAGUUCUAACUGCCAGUGGUUAAUGCAAACAUGGCUGUGCUUUUGGUUGUAACAAACUGUGGUGAAAUCUCCAGCAUAAAACAUAAGACUGGCUGGUAUCUCCCUGAGGUCGCUCAUCCUUAUAAGGUCUUUAAAGAUGCUGGUAUUUCGAUGACAAUUGUCAGUCCUCUUGGCGGCAAAGCGCCUUUGGUAAGUGACUAUAAAGUGCACUUGAUGAACUUGUAAAUUUGUUUGACAAUUUAGAAAUACUAGUCCACUAGAUUUCACGAAAUGUCCUAGUGAGGUCAGAAGUGCAAGACGUAUGGUACUGUUCGGUAGAGCUAUUGUCCUCUCCCCUAGCUCAUGAUGAUACCUCAGAAGGAAAGAUAAAUUCUCUGUGUAGGAAAGAAGUUGUUUACAUAGCACAAUAGUAUAGUGAACUUGUUUUAUAAGUAACGCAAUUAUAUUAUUAAUAUUAUCAGCAUAUAUGCAUGUUCACUCAGUUGAAAUACUAAUUCCAGUCGGUGAUAUAUAACACUAUCUAUUUGAUUGCGACAUUCCAGCAUUUGCACACUUGAUAAACGCGGUUUGGAAUCAUCACAAAUCAUUUACUCGAGUACAUUUCAUCCUAUCAUAUUACUGAGUCAAUAAUAUCACAACCUCACAAACGUAUAUAGUAUAUGACUGCUAUAAUUACACAAUUCAAAAGCAAACUGCAUCACCAAGAUUGAUAUUGCCGCUUAACGAAAAAAGCAUGUAUACAAUACACUUUCAAUUCUCUAUAUUCUGGAACGUUCCCAAAUAUCUUACUGCUGACAUAGUUAAUAUACUUUAUUAUAUGGCAAGCAUCACUUCUGGUGAAAUGGCGGACUGUGAUUGGCUGAGAAGCACUUUCAGCGGUCCAUUACUUUCCCGUAAUGGCCGGCGCAUUAGAGAGUUUUAGCUUGACGUUUACGGCAAACGUCAAACCGCUAACGAAGUUUUGGAUUUUACAAAUCUAUUAUAACAGCUUUUACACCAGUUUUGAAAUAUAAACAAUUAUUAAACUUGUGCUCUUUAGCAAUGAUUUAAAAGAAAGCAAAUUAACUACUAGUCACGUAUUCGCGAAAGCAGUAAAUUAUGAUUUGGCGUUUGAAGUUUACGUUUGGCGUAUAAAUUUCAUGCUUUAACGACUAUACAAGCCCUCAUAGCAGUGUCUAGUGGUUAAUUUGCUUUCUUUUAAAUCAUUGCUAAAGAGCACAAGUUUAAUAAUUGUUUAUAUUUCAAAACUGGUGUAAAAGCUGUUAUAAUAGACUUGUAAAAUCAAAAACUUCGUUAGCGGUUUGACGUUUGCCGUAAACGUCAAGCUAAAACUCUCUAUUACGUAAAAACAUACGCAUGCAUUUUAAAACAAAACAGCAAAACUAAUUGAAAAUUUGAAGAUUAUAAUUGAAUUUGUUAUUAAUUAAUAAGAUAUAUGCGAAUGGUUUUUAGUGGACAAGAAAGAAACAUUGGUAUUUUUGUUUUCUUCGACCAAAUAUGUACCACGCUACUAAUAUGCAUUUGAAAUCAUGCAUUUCUUGUUUGUUUCAAGUAUAAAUGCAUAUAAAUGCCAUAUAAUAAACUUUUUAUUAACCUCGCUUGCUCGGUAUGUUCAGAGAAAUAUCGGACCUCGGUCUUUCUGUACAAACCUCGCCCUACGGGCUUGGUCUGUACAAAAAAGACCUCGGUCCGAUAUUUUUCUGUACAGACCUCGCGUUCGGUUUAUAAGAAUUUAGUAAUGUUAAUUCUUAUCGUCUAUUUAAAGAGAUAUAUGAGAAAUAACACAAGCCUUGCUUCCUUGUCCUUUUUGUCACAUGUCUGUCUUUCCGUAUAUGGUCAUGUCCAUUUAUGGUGAUAUCCUCAAUAUUACACAUACCACUCUCAUGUACCGAAUACAACACUUAUUUAGCCUGAGCUCUGAGCCUCUGGUCAUAGAUCUUAUAGGCACCAUGUAUCAGUUUUGAAAAUUUUCUUUACAUCGCAAUCGAGUUCGAAUCGCUUCAACAUAACUCGGGUAUUCAACUAAACAUACCUCCUCUUUUCUAUACGAUUACAAGGAUCCGGGAAGUGUAGAAGCUUCAAAAGGAGACCCAAUAUGUACAACAUUACACGCUGAUCAACAAUGGAUGGAAUUAUUUAAUCAAACGUCCGCAAUUACCGAUAUUGAUGUAACUAAGUACAAGGUGAUAUUCUUCGCUGGAGGCCAUGGACCAAUGUUUGAUUUGCCAGACUGUGAUGCGAUGAACAAUGCCGCAGCAAAGAUAUUUGAGAAUGGUGGUAUUGUUGCAGCUGUAUGUCAUGGUGUUGUAGGUACGCUUAUCAUAUUAUGUGUUUAGUACUGUUGAGAAGGAGCGAACAUGUUACAGUAGCUAUGUUGGUUUGUACAAGAAGGUAUCAUGCAUUCAUCUCACAAAUAGAUGAAAUAGAAUACACCUUUCCGGAAAGUACGUCAUCUUGGCUAUAGGGUCCCGUUUUCGUGAAUGAAAUGUUGGUCUGCAGGACUUCAACUUAUGUCACACACACACGAAGACGAGGCUGUGUAGUCAAAUUGAUGCACUUUCUGGAAGGCAGCUGGCAUGUAGUGUCUCUGAAAAUGUCCUCUCUCUGUAUGUAAACACCUUUGGUAUAGUUUGUAUCAUAUUAAUUUCCAACAUUCCGUUUCUAAAAUUCAUAUAACUAUAUAUAUAGUAUAUGUAGUUAUGGUUUGGUAUCAUUGAAGCAUUUUGAAGCAUUUCGCAUCUGUUAUAUAUGAAGAGAAGAUAAAAUGAGUACUUUCCUAUGUAGGCUUGGUAAACGUGAAACUGCCAAACGGAGAAUGGUUGGUAAAAGGUCACAAAGUAACGAGUUUUACAAAUGAAGAAGAAGAUCUCGUGAAGCUUAGUGAAGCCAUGCCAUUCAUGCUUGAGACAGCAUUGGUACAGCAUGGAGCUCAGUUCGACGCAGCCCCACCAUUCCAAGAGAAAGUGCAUGUGUCAGGUCGUAUUAUAACGGGCCAGAAUCCAGCGUCAGCUACACCACUAGCACAACGUGUUUUUGAGAAAAUGAAGGAACUCAAGUUCUGUUAAACUGUUUUAUCACUAAAGUAUAGAGUAACAAUUUCUCAAAGCAACAAAUACAAGCUUAUCUUGUUUGGUCUAAUUUCUUCUUCUCAUGCCUAAUUUCCC